GGAUAACUAACAGCCUCCUCCCUCCCCACGUUCGCCGAUGGGCCGCGCCGGUUGUUGCUGGACUGGGUUGGCGCACGUGUCCGCCCCCCGAGAGGCCGGAGCAUGCAGGCGGGUAGAAAACGCGCGGAGCUACACGUGACAGGCAGCUCUCCCCCCCGGUGUACACGGGCUCCAUUCGCCGCCCUGCCCGCGGCUGCCUUGGCUGGGCAACGUUGUGUUGUAGAAAGUUCCAGUGCACGGGAAAUCCGGCACCAUGCUCUGCUUGCAUCGCUGCACCCACAGAGUUCUUCCCAGCCUCUCAAGAGGGCUGUCUCCCUGGCAACGAGGUUGCACUGCAGUGGCGGUUGCGUGCCAGCGACCGGCUGGGCAGCCGAAGUGGCGGGGCGUCCGGUGGGGGCGUCCGGGAUCCGCGGCCCCCCUGAGCACCGCGACUCCCUUCGGUUUCUGUAACAGCAGCCACCCCGGCAGCAGGAGUUCCAGAGCAGAGGCUGACCCUUCCCCCCCAGUAGUGACCGUGACCAAGAUCCGGCAGUACCUCCGGGCCAAGGGCAUCCCCUUCCACAACGGCUACUGCUGCCUCCACGUCCCCAGCCUGUUCGUGGGAAAGGUACUGGGCUCGGCUGGGGAGGAGAAGGAGACUUUCUCCCUGUUCAUCGACAAGACCACGGGGCAGUUCCUGUGCAAGAGCACUCUGCUGGAGGGCAGCUGGGAGGACUUCCAGGACUGCCUGGAGGUAAUGCAGAAGGAGGGGUUGGACAGCCUGGGCCCAGAUGUCCUGCUGAAGGUGCCCAAGAGCGAUUGGGAGCUCAGUGCCCAGGAGAUGGACCAGAGGGAGGUGCAGCAGAUCUGGACCAACACCACGGCCUUCCCCGACAUGGAGGAGGAGGAAGUCCGGUUGGUCAAAGCCAUGUUUGGCAUCUCCAAGGUCACCAACCGGACACUGAAGGAACUGGAUGUGAAGUACUUCAGGCCCACCAGGAGCUUGGUGUUUCCCUGGUUCAGCUGGAGGGACUUGAAACUGAGGGGGGUGAAGCUGCUCUCGGCCGAGCAGAACAGCGAGACGGUGCACUACAUCACCACCACCCUGCCUAAGCCAAGUGAUUACAACAACCUCUUCGGGCUCCGCCUGCUGACCGGGAAGGACACUACCCUUGUCCUGACGGGAAGUGAGACUGACUGCCUGGCCAUGGUGUCUGCCACGGGAAUGCCCUGCGUCUCCUUGCCCCGGGGCGUCAGCUGCCUGCCCCCGGCCCUCCUCCCCUACCUGGAGCAGUUCCGGAAGGUGGUGCUGUGGCUGGGAGACGACGUCCUGUCCUGGGAGGCCUCCAAGAUCUUCGCGCGCAAGCUGGGCGUGAAACGCUGCUGGCUGGUACGGCCCGGCGAGGGCCAACCCUGCCCCUUCAAGGCCCUGGCCGCCGACAUCAACCUGCAGAAGAUCGUGAAGGGGGCCGUCUCCGCCAGCCACAAAUCCAUUGUCUCCUUCCGGCAGUUGCGGGACGACGUAUUCGGGGAGUUGGCCAACGCCGACCAGAUCUCUGGCGUCAAGUGGCAGCGGUUCCCCGAGCUCAACAAGAUCCUCAAGGGCCAUCGCAAAGGGGAGCUGACGGUGUUCACAGGUCCAACAGGCAGCGGGAAGACCACCUUGAUCAGCGAGUGUGCCCUGGACCUCUGCAUCCAAGGGGUGAACACCCUGUGGGGAAGCUUCGAGAUCAGCAAUGUCCGGCUGGCCAAGAUCAUGCUGACACAGUUUGCGAUGCAGCGCCUGGGCGAUCAGCUGGACAGCUACGACAAGUGGGCUGACAAGUUCGAGAACCUGCCUCUGUUCUUCAUGACGUUCCAUGGGCAGCAGAGCAUUAAGUCAGUCAUCGACACUAUGCAGCAUGCGGUCUACAUGUAUGACAUCACCCAUGUCGUUAUAGAUAAUCUACAGUUCAUGAUGGGGCAGGAAUACCAUUCUGUUGACAAGUUUUCUGCACAGGAUUACAGUAUUGGAAUGUUCCGGAAGUUUGCCACGGAGAACAACUGCCACGUGACUCUGGUCAUCCACCCAAGGAAGCAAGAAGAUGAUAAGGAGCUGCAGACAGCUUCCAUCUUUGGAUCAGCCAAGGCCAGCCAGGAGGCCGACAAUGUGCUCAUCCUUCAGGACAAGAAGCUGGUAACAGGCCAAGGGAAGCGUCACUUGCAAGUAGUGAAGAACCGCUUCGAUGGAGACCUGGGUGUCUUCCCGCUGGAGUUUAAGAAGGCCUCGAUGACUUUCUCUGUUGUCAAGAGCAAGUCCAAGAUGAAGAAGAUGAAAGAAGAGGAGGAGGAGGAGGAGGAAGAGGAGGAGGAGGAGGAGGAGGGUGGCACCACAGCGGUGAAGAAGCCUGGCAAAUCCACCAAGUCCCGAGAGAAGAAGCCUGGCAAAUCCACCAAGCCCUUGGAAGAGCCUUUGCCUCCCCAGGAGUAGUGAGCAGGCUUGUGGGCUUGGACUGCGCCCUGUGCACCAUCUCGUCAGCUGCAGUGACGAAAAUCACCUCUGCCUUCGUGCUGGGACUAGCGGGAAGCUUAACAGGUUUUCAGCGUGAAGCAGGAUCUCAGACCCAAGAACAGCAAAGACUGGUUGUCCAGCAGCUUACUGUUGGUGAUGUUGGAAAUGAAGGGACUUUCAAAAUAAACUGAAGCACUGUGAAUUGUUUAACAGGCAGCGGUCACUCGCCUGGUCAUGUGUGGUGUGGACUUUAAAAUAAUCUAGGCACCCCUCCUGAACAUCUCACUUGACGGGCGGCAUUUCUCAGUGAUAGGAUUUGCACAGCUCAGCCUCCGGACCUCCCAAGCUGUUCUAUCCUGGUGAAUUACCAGUGAUUUAUUGUCACUCUUGUUCUUGUGCCCAGUUUUGUGUUGGUUGCUCCAUAAGCAUUAACAGAGGGUAGUGGUCAAUGACUAGUCUGUGACUAGUGGUGUUCCACAUGGGUCCUCUGCUAUUUGUGAUCUAUGUAAGGACUACAAUGAAAAUGAGGACAGGUGUGUUAGUAAGUCUGCAGAUUAUUGAUGUUGUGGAUAGCAUAGGAAAAUGGCAAAGAAGCCAUAGCAAACCUGGGCCAAGAGAUGGCAGAUGGAGUUUAACCCAGCCAAAUGCUAGGUAUUGCACUGUGGGAGAUCAGAUAUAAGGAGAGUGUACACGGUUAAUGGCAAGAGCCUUAACGGUCUUGAUGUGUAGAGAUCUUGGGGUCCAUGUUCAAAGCUUUGUGAAAGUGGCUACAGAGGUUGAUAGAGUGCUUAGUUUUAUUAGCCAAGGAAUUGAUUUCAAGUUGGGAAGUCGCAGCUUUAUAAAAUUCUGAUUGGGCCACAUCUGGAGCAUGGUGUUUAUUUCUGGUGCCCCAUCACAGGUAGGAUGUGGAGGCUUUGGAGAGGGUGCAGAAGAGGUUUACCUGGAUGCCGUCUGGGCUAGUGGGCUUGGAAAGGUUGGAUUUGUUUUCACUGGAGUGCUGGUGGCUGAGGGAAGAUCUAAUAGAGGUUUAUGAGAUUAUAGAGUAGAUGGACUAUCUUUUUCCCAGCGUUGAAGUGUCUAAUACCAGCGGCAUGCAUUUUGGGUCAGUGGAGUACUUUCAAAGGUAUUUGGGACAAGUGUUUUACACAGAGGGUGAUGGUUGUGCUACCUGGGGUGGUGGUGGAGACAGGUACAAUAGGGAUGUUUUAGAUUGGCAGAUGAAUGUGCAGGAAAUGGACACUGUGUAGACAGAAGGCACUAGUAGUUUGAUGCAACACCACUGGGUCUGUUCCGGUGCUCUACUGGUCUGUUCUCUGUUUGCUCUACCUGAAGUGAAGUUGACUGAGGGCUGAUUAUCGGGCCAAGAUCGAGGGGCAAGCUCCCCUGAAUAAUCUUCUGGGGAGACUUGCUUUUCUCUGAGCUCUGUAAGAAGCAGAUAUCUUUUCUGGGGUCGCCAGUGUUGGUUGUCCUGGAGGUGUUCGAUGUAAUUGCCCACCUUCGGCCUGAAGCCGUGCUUUGUCUAGACUGACAGAAGAGUGCAACACGGAGUAGGCCUUUCAGCCCAUCAUGUCCAUGCUGACCAUGACGCCAAUUGAGUGCCACGUGGUCUAUAUCCUUCCUCACCCUGCAUGUUCACGUGUCUGUCUAAAUGCAUCUUAAACACUUGUUGUUUCUGUUUCCACUGCUCUCCCGGCUAGUUUGUGUCAGGCACCUCCCACUCUGUGUGAAACAAAAACUAGCCUAGUAAAUCUCCUUUAAACUUUCCUCAUUUCACCUUAAAAAUACCCCCCCCCCCUUAGUGUUUUACAUUUUUAUCCUGCGGGGUAAGGACUGCCCUAUCUUGGCCUCUCAUAAUUUCAUAAACUUUCAGGUUGCCUCUCAGCCUCCGAUGCUCCAACAACAAUCCUGUUUUGUUCAACUCUUCUUUACAGCUGAUGCUCUCUAAUCCAGGCAGCCUCCCAGUGAACCUCCUCUGCGAUCUCUCCAAAGCCUCCGCAUCCCUCCUGUUAAAUGGCAACCAGAACUGCACACAGUACCGUAAAGUCCCACCAACUGGGACAGUAGUUCCCUCUGAGCCACAUUCGUGAAGCAGUCUAGCUCACGUUGCUUCUGAUCUCUGCAGUUAGCGGUCUAAUGUAUCAGCUUCAGUCUAGCAACCAGCUUGUGGUGUUUGCCUUGCUGGCACUGAGACCUGAUCAGUGCAGUCUUGAGGGAUUUAUUUUGUUCAUGACAACUCUUUUUAAAAAAGGUCUCAGCCCCAAACGUCGACAGUUCUCUCUUUUCCCAGUCUGCUGAGUUCCCCUGGUAUUUUGUGUGUAUUGCUUUGGAUUUCCAGCAUCUGCAGAUUUGCUUGUGUUUGAUCUUUUGAAAUGCAUUAGAUACAAGGGACUGCAGAUGCCGGAAUCCGGAGUAACAAACAAUCUGGUGGAGGAGCAGCCGGGGGUAGAAAGAAAUUGUGGAGUUUCAAGUUGAACCAAGCACCAGGACUGAGAGGAGAGGGGAGAUGGUCUGUCUAAAGAAGCAGUGGGGCGAGCGGGGUGAAUGAGAAGGGCCAAAGGUGACUUGUGGAUUGAAGGGUUGAAAAGGAUGACAGUCAGAUGGAGACAGGUUGGGAGUGGAGUUGGAUUAAAGAUGGAGACAAAGAAGAGAGGCAGGUGGGGAGAGGGGAGACUGAAGGUGGAGAUUUCUACUGGAGGAUGAUGGGCAGGAAUACAAAGAGCUAUUGGUGCUGGAAUCUGACAAGACCAUAAGCCAUAGGAACAGAAUUAGGCUAUUCGGCCCAUUGAGUGUGCUCUAUCAUUUCAUCGUGGCUGAUUCAUUUUCCCUGUCAAUCCCAUUCUCCCGCCUUCUCCCUGUAACCUUUGACUCCCUAGAACCUAUCAACCUCUGCUUUAUAUAUACCCAAUGAUUUGGCCUCCACAGAAUCUGUGGCAAUAAAUUUCUUUAUGCUCUGGCUAAAGGAAUUCCUUUCACAUCUCUGUUCUAAAGAGACAUUAAUGUAUUCUGAGGCUGUGACCUCUGAUCCUAGACUCUCCCAUUAUAGGAAACGUCCUCUCCACAUCCACUCUAUCUUGGCCUUUCUGGUCUAACUAGUUAAGUAAGGAAGGUGAUAAUAGAAAUUAUCGGGGGAAGAGGUGAAAGGCCGAUAGAAUCAGAAUCCGAUGGUGGUUGGCAUUUUGGGGGUGUGGGGUGUGGAGUAAGGCUGUGGGUAGCAGGUUGAUAGAAUGAGAAGGGAGACAAAACUCGCUGAAGGGGGGAAUGUUGAAGAGGACUGGGGGAGGAUUGGAAAGAGGGGGUGGGGUUACCUCCCAUUGGAAAAUUCACUGUUUAUACCGUUGGGCUGCAGAUUACUCAGAUAGAAAUAGGAGAUGAUGUGCCUCCUGUUUGCAUUGGCAGUGGAGAAGAUGAGGAAGGACAGGUCAGUGCAGAGGGUAGCUAUGUCACUGCAAUAUGAAUUCUGAUAUUAUUUAAUACUGUAUAUAACUUUUUAAAGUGUCAGAGUAUAAAAUGUGCUGCUAUUUUAUAGUUAAAGUACAACUCCUUAUUAGAUUAUUUUACCUGGAGUUGUAAAAACAAGUACUUUUAAUAAUUGGAUAUUUGGAGUCCAUGCAUUUCUGAUGUUAUAUUUUAUUAUAAAGUAGAA